AUGAACAGUCAAGAGAAGAUGAAGACCCUAAUGCAACAGAAGAAAGGCAGGCGAUUGUUACUGUUUCCAUUGCCAUUACAAGGCCACAUUACUCCUAUGCUUCAGCUUGCAAACAUCCUUCACUCCAAAGGCUUCAGUAUCACCAUAAUUCACACUCACUUCAACUCUCCCAACCAAUUCAACUAUCCUCAGUUCACCUUCGAGCCUAUCUCCGACGGCUUGUCAGAAAACGAUGCUUCGACCAUAGAUGUCUUGGCUUUGAUCUCUCUCCUCAAUAGCAAUUGUGUUGAGCCGUUUCGUGAUUGCUUGGCUCGGUUGUUAUCGGAGGUUGCAGAAGAGCCUUUUGCGUGCUUAAUCACAGAUGCCGUCUGGUACUUCACACAGGCAGUGGUUGAUAGCCUUAAACUCCCAAGGAUUGUCAUACACACUACCAGCGUCUGCUCAUUUCUUGCUUUUGCUGCCCUUCCACUUCUAAGGGAAAAGGGGUAUCUGCCUAAGCAAGAUUCCGAAUUUGAAGCACCAGUGCUUGAGCUUCCACCUCUAAAAGUAAAAGACAUUCCGAUCAUCAAGACGCGCAACCCGGAAGAUGUAUACAAGGUAACAGGUCGCAUAAUAAGAGAAACCAAGUCAGCUUCAGGGCUCAUUUGGAACUCAUUCAGAGAACUUGAACAACCUGAACUGGCAAAACUAGCCCAGGAAUUUCCCAUCCCAAGUUUCUCAUUCGGACCAUUUCACAAACACUUUCCGGCCUCCUCGAGUAGCUUACAAGAGCAAGACCAAAGCUCUAUUUCCUGGCUAAACUCGCAAGCACCCAAGGCUGUAAUCUAUGUGAGCUUUGGGAGUGUUGCAACCAUGGAUGAAACUGGUUUUUCUGAAGUGGCUUGGGGAUUAGCCAACAGCAUGCAACCAUUCUUAUGGGUGGUUCGGCCUGGCUUAGUCAGUGGCUCAGAAUGGCUCGAACCACUGCCAAAUGGGUUCCUCGAGACAGUGGGUGGAAGAGGGCAUAUUGUGAAAUGGUCUCCCCAACAAAAAGUGUUGGCUCAUCCUGCCAUUGGAGGUUUUUGGACUCACAGUGGGUGGAAUCCGACACUAGAGAGCAUUUGCGAAGGAGUUCCCAUGAUUUGUUCCCCAGAUUUUGGUGAUCAAAUGGUGAAUUCGAGAUAUGUAAACGAUGUUUGGAAAGUUGGGUUGAAGUUGGAGAAAGGUCUUAAGAGAGGGGAGAUAGAAAGGACAAUUAGAAGAGUAAUGGUGGAGAAAGAAGGAGAAGAGAUCAGACAGAGAAUGAUGGGUCUAAAGGAGGAGGUAAAUCUUUGUCUAAAGAAGGAUUCCGAAUUUGAAGCACCAGUGCUUGAGCUUCCACCUCUAAAAGUAAAAGACAUUCCGAUCAUCAAGACGCGCAACCCGGAAGAUGUAUACAAGGUAACAGGUCGCAUAAUAAGAGAAACCAAGUCAGCUUCAGGGCUCAUUUGGAACUCAUUCAGAGAACUUGAACAACCUGAACUGGCAAAACUAGCCCAGGAAUUUCCCAUCCCAAGUUUCUCAUUCGGACCAUUUCACAAACACUUUCCGGCCUCCUCGAGUAGCUUACAAGAGCAAGACCAAAGCUCUAUUUCCUGGCUAAACUCGCAAGCACCCAAGGCUGUAAUCUAUGUGAGCUUUGGGAGUGUUGCAACCAUGGAUGAAACUGGUUUUUCUGAAGUGGCUUGGGGAUUAGCCAACAGCAUGCAACCAUUCUUAUGGGUGGUUCGGCCUGGCUUAGUCAGUGGCUCAGAAUGGCUCGAACCACUGCCAAAUGGGUUCCUCGAGACAGUGGGUGGAAGAGGGCAUAUUGUGAAAUGGUCUCCCCAACAAAAAGUGUUGGCUCAUCCUGCCAUUGGAGGUUUUUGGACUCACAGUGGGUGGAAUCCGACACUAGAGAGCAUUUGCGAAGGAGUUCCCAUGAUUUGUUCCCCAGAUUUUGGUGAUCAAAUGGUGAAUUCGAGAUAUGUAAACGAUGUUUGGAAAGUUGGGUUGAAGUUGGAGAAAGGUCUUAAGAGAGGGGAGAUAGAAAGGACAAUUAGAAGAGUAAUGGUGGAGAAAGAAGGAGAAGAGAUCAGACAGAGAAUGAUGGGUCUAAAGGAGGAGGUAAAUCUUUGUCUAAAGAAGGGUGGAUCUUCAUACCAGUCACUAGAGGGCCUCACUGAUUACAUCUUAUCAUUGUGA